AGGGUUUUCUGUGGCAGCGAACAACGUGAAGACCUGCGACUGUGGAGCUUGAAUUUAGCCGCUCACGGGCUCCGUGCGCCUUGCGCUUUCAGUGGAACAGCACGAGGUGUGAGAGUUUCCUACUUGUUCCUCCCGCGGUUUCCUCUUGACUUUCUGUGCUCCUGGGCUCUGAGACUAUGAUGAGAGAUUUCAGUGAAGACUUGACAAAGCUUGCUGUGGCAGAGGAGAACCCAGAAACUUCGGUGUUCACUAAGACAGGAAUGCAUUUCCCAUGGCUUCAGAAGCACGUUGAAGCUGUAGUGACUGGAGGGAAGAGGAAGAAGGAUUUUGCUCAGACGACAAGUGCUUGCUUAAGCUUCAUCCAGGAAGCCCUGCUGAAGCACCAGUGGCAGCAAGCUGCAGAGUAUAUGCACAGUUACCUGCAGACCCUGGAGGACUCAGACACCUACAAGAGACAGGCUGCUCCUGAGAUCAUUUGGAAGCUUGGGAGUGAAAUUCUGUUUUACCACCCCAAAAGCAAUGUGGAGACUUUUAAUAGCUUCGCUGACCGGAUGAAAAAUAUUGGUGUCUUGAAUUAUUUAAAGAUCUCCUUACAACACGCCUUGUAUCUUUUACAUCAUGGAAUGCUUGAGGAUGCAAGCAGAAAUCUCGGUGAGGCGGAGACGUGGCGGUACGGCGAGAAGUCAUCCUCUCAGGAAGUGCUGAUCAACCUUGUGCAGGCCUACAAAGGGCUUCUACAGCACUCCACGUGGUCCCAAAAGAAGAUGGAGUUGUCAGAGCUUGAUGAGGAUGAUUACGCCUACACUGCAAAAACCCGGACCAUGCUCAGCCAGAGCUGCAAGACAUCUACAAAUAUCUGUGCACUGAUUAAAACCCCCGGGGUCUGGGAUCCUUUUGUGAAGAGUUAUGUGGAGAUGCUAGAGUUCUAUGGUGAUCAAGAUGGAGCCCGAGAGAUGCUCACCAAUUAUGCGUAUGAUGAACGGUUCCCAUCUAACCCCAAUGCCCACAUCUACUUAUACGAAUUUCUCAAGAGAGAGAAGGCACCGAGAGCCAAGCUCAUAAGUGUUCUUAAGAUUUUACAUGAGAUUGUGCCAUCCCAUAUACUCAUGUUGGAAUUCCAUUUGUUGCUUAGAAAAUCAGAGACAGAAGAACACCGGAAACUGGGCUUAGCCGUGUUAUUUGAAGUCUUGGACUUUGCUGGAUGCACUAAGAACAUAACGGCCUGGAAAUACUUGGCAAAGUAUCUGAAGCAGAUAUUAAUGGAAAGCCAUCCCGAGUGGGUUGAAGAAGAGUGGAAAUCUAGGAGAAACUGGUGGCCAGCCUUUCACUUCAGCUUCUUUUGGGCAAAAAGUGACUGGAAGGCAGACGCCGAUUUGGCCUGUGAGAAAGCGUUUGUAGCUGGAAUCCUUUUAGGGAAAGGUUGUAAAUAUUUUCGGUAUAUUUUAAAACAAGAUCACGAAACCUUGAAGAAGAAAAUGAAGCGGAUGAAGAAGUCUGUGAAAAAAUAUACUAUUGUAAAUCCAGGUGUUCACACCUAGAUUUUAGCUUAUUUACAGUGUCACUACAGUGUGUCUGUGCACACGCGUACAUGUACCAUUCUGCAGGUGCCUUGAUUUGUGACUGGUCUCACUGAGACCUGGGCUCACCUCUUAGCCUGGCUGGCCAGGGUGUUCCAGGGAUUCUUCUUAGCUCUAGGAUGAUGAUUGUGGGUGCCAUGCCCAGAUUAUUUUUUUAUUUAUUCAUUUAUUUAUUUAUUUGUGUAUGUGUUUACAUAUGUCUACAUACAUGUACAUGAUGGCACACAUAUGAUCAGGAGCCUGUAGGGAAGGGCUGGUCACCUGGGGUGAUUUCUGUGAAGAUGGGGGAAGCAGUCACCUCGGGUCCUUUGUGUUGUCUCACCUGUGUGCCAGAGCCACCUCAUACUAGACUCUGUGCGGCAGAUCAGGACUCUUCUAGUUGUCACGGAGCACUCAGCCUCUUGCCUACUUGUUCCUCCAUCAUUUCCACCUACAUAGCUACUGAUGGGUUCUCUUGAGGCGGGUAGAGAGGUGAGGAGGAGUAGGUGGAGGAGGAGGAGGAGGAGGAGGACUCUUUUCUCUGUUGGUUUUAACCAGAGCAGGUGAGACCGGGUGGCUCUUCGGUCCUUUGACUCUGGAGGACUGAUCUGAGUCAGUGCUAGAAGCGGUGUGGCUAACCUUAAGGGCGUGGUGGCUAAGAUACUUGGCUGUUCCCUCAGAAAUGAGAACCUAACAAUAGAGUCUCUACCUGUGAAGUAACUCCUUAUAGGUACGAAGUUAGCCCAGUGGGACAGCUUCCGGAAGCCAGAGCCAUGUUCUGGGAGCAUCUCCCAGGCUCUGUAACAUAUUGUGCUGAAAAAGGCUUCUAGAGAAAGCUCUUGGCCGUCUUACAGUUACUGUUAAAGUGACUAGUACUUGGAUUCCAGGAAGGCUCGUUGGUGUUCAGGGGACAAACCACACAUUUCCUCCUUGGCUCAUAGCCCUACCAGCUUUAAAUAAUGUACAAUAAAGGUAGACAAGUUAUACUUUGUGAAUAA